CAAACCGCAGUUUUUGAAAAAUUGGCAAAUCUGGGUUAGGCAUGUGAAUAGUUCAGUUGUUUACCGGCAGUUACGAAGUGUGCGUGUUAUACUUUUGCGAUCUGUUGCUGCUAAAUUACGCAAUAUUUCGAAAUUAAAAAUGGAUGAUAGUAGUCUAGUGCUAGUUAGUGGCGCAUCUGAUGGUUCGAGAAAAAGAAAACGAACUAUGUCUAAACGAGAAAGGGCAAAAAAAAUGCGAUACAUGAAUCAUAUGCCUAAUGCUGAAGAUUUUGAAGUGAAGUGCAAGCAUUUAAAAACUGCACUCCAGUGUCAUGAAGUUUCUACAGAGGAUGUAAAACGUGUUAGAGAGUUUGUGUAUAGACAACCAGUAAAAACGAUAAUAGAUAAUAAAAUAGCCCACUUGAUUGAAGUUAAGCAUCCUAAAUGGAAAAAAAGUGGAGAAACAUUGACAAAUAAAGGCCAAGCAAUUAGGAUGGAUUAUUUUUUAAGAAAUAUUAACUCUGAGAGGCUGCUAGUGUGUCAAAAGACGUUUUUGGCUGCUUUGAAGAUCUCACAACGGAAUAUCCUUACUAUCGGAAAAAAGAAGGCAGAAGGGAAGAUAAUUGAGAGAAGGGGAGGUGAUCGAAGAAGCAAAAAAUACGAGGAGCAGAAAAACAGUGUUAAAAAAUUCAUUUGGAAUUUACAUGCAAGUGAAAGUCAUUACAAUCGAAUCCCGCAAAGGAUGUAUGUAGUCUAUGUACCCGUCUUAAAAAUACAAUUAGAUCCACAAAGAAUGCAGCUAUGA